AUGACCAAAAAUGGACAAAUAUCAGCUUGUGAUCCUGAGUCAAUAACAUUAUAUAAAGAACUUGAAGAUUUAUCGUCAACAAUAUUACAUAUUAAAGAUCCAUAUGAUUGUAAAGGAAUUUAUAACGAACGUCGUUGUAUUCCGACCUGUACUGGACAUAGCCAAACUGUAGGUGAUUUUGAUAUUCGAAAUAGUCAUGUUGUACAAGAAUAUGAUCGAGAUUUAGGUGUUAUGGAUAAAGUAACAUUUGUUGAUAGAAAUCGUCGUAUUGUUUCAACAUCUGACGAUAGAAGUAUUUGUGCAUGA